AUAUUGACUCAAUGCUCAAUAGACAUAAGGCCUUAAAACUAACCUCUCUCCAACUGGCCAUUGAUUGAGAGAUUCGUUGUCAAAUUUUUUUAUUAAAAUAAACAUAAAUAUCAAUAAAAAUGUCGAAAUUAGUUCCAGCACUGAUUAAUGGAGCAAAAAAGGCUUACGUUGUGGCUAAACCAGAAGCCGUGAGAUUUAUGCGAUAUGCUAAAGUGGAACUAUCGCCACCAACUUUGGGAGAUUUACCAGCCAUUCGACAGGGUUUUGGUAAAUUGCUUCAUUCAGCGAAAACCGGAGGUUAUAAAAAUCUUACCGUCUCCGAAGCUUGGCUCAACACCCUAGUUUUCAUUGAGGUUUGGUGCUGGUUUUUCAUUGGUGAGGUCAUUGGCAAAAGACACCUCGUCGGCUACAAAGUUUAAAUUGUCAAUAUAUUUAAAUAUCUUGAAAUUGAUAGAUGUCAUUAACUAGAUAUAUCUUUAAUUAUAAUAUAAAUAAUGUUCAGAAUUAUCAGUGAAUAAAUUGCAGUUAAACAUUUAAUGUAA